GCCCGUGGCCGUGCCGCGGCUGCGCUCGGCGCUUGUGCCCUUUAGGCUUGUCCUGCUCUUCCCCGCCUGCAGGGCUCGAGGGCUGCCGCUGGCCAUGACGCGCUGGGGAAAACCUGUCUGGCCCUGGAGACUUUUUCCAGUCCCCCAAAGUAGCAAGGCGGCGGGUGUGGGGGGAAAUCCGGGGGAGUGCUGAGCGCGGGGCGGAGGAGCAGUGGCAAGAGCAGAGGAUCCUCACCCUGGGGGUCCUGGGGAUGGUGCAGCUUGUGUCCAUGGUGUGGCGCAAGCUGCUGAGGAAGCGUUGGGUGCUGGGCAUUGUAUUUGGACUUUCCCUCAUCUACUUCCUUACCAGCACCUUCAAGCAGAGCGGUUUUGGAAGGUUCUUUUUGUAGCCUGGUUUUCCAUACACAACCUGAAGUAUUUUAAGAUCUUCUUUAUCUCUAAAUAGACUUGGCCUAGCUGUUCUUGAAUGACUUCCAGCAUGUAUCCUCAAGUGUUCACUUGGUAUGAUGUAGAGGAAAGCACCUUUAAUGGAAGAAAGGUCAGUACGAGAUCGAAACCUCCUUCAGGUACAGGACCAUGAGCAGCCCAUUGUAUGGAAGGUGCAGUUCAGCUUGGGAAACAGCAGUCAGCUGAGUAACCAGUGCAGGAAUUCUGUCCAAGGGAAGCUCCUCAUUACAGAUGAACUGGGCUACAUCUGUGAAAGGAAAGACCUGUUGGUGAAUGGCUGUUGUAAUGUCAACGUGCCUCACACAAAACUGUACAGCUGUGAAAGUUGCCUGCCCAACGGCUGCUGCAGUGUGUAUGAAUACUGCGUCUCCUGCUGCCUGCAGCCUAACAAGCAACAUCUUCUUGAGCGUUUCUUGAACCGGGCAGCUAUAGCUUUCCAGAACCUCUUCAUGGCUGUGGAAGAUCACUUUGAGUUGUGUCUGGCCAAAUGCAGGACUUCAUCACAGAGUGUGCAGCAUGAAAACACCUAUAGAGACCCCAUUGCAAAAUAUUGCUACGGAGAGUAUCCCCCGGAGCUCCUGCCUGUUUGAAAACUGUGCAUCUGAAACAUCAAGGAAGAAACUGGGAAUUAGAGUCUGGAACAGCAAGGGAACAGCUGCUGCACAAGAGCUUCAGCUUAAACUCUCUUCUUGACAUUCCCAAAGACAAAAAACACUGUUCAGCCAAAGCAAGGGACUUGCUUUGUGGAGUAAAACUUCACUUUCUUAGAUUCAAGAACACUACGUACCCGCAAAGAAAGGUGGAGAGGUGUGAGGGAAUCCCUUGAAAAGCUAGUCUUAAUGGAAUAGCUACCAUUUACGAUGCAAACAGUGGCUUAAGUGUACAAAGCCACUUGGAUAAGAACAUAAUAAAGCCUUGCAUCUAUAUGUAGUAGAGGUUAAAGUAUUUCUCUGCAGACCAUGGACUUUCAGAUUGACAGUUCUAGUUAUGAAGAAGGAUUUUUGCUCUUAAAGGGUAAAGAAUGCCUAUUGAGCUUGUCUCCCUCGAGGACUUUUCAGCAUCCAUGGUGCACAAUUUAUAUGUAAUUAUGAAUUAUUUAUUGGGUUUAUAUGGAUUAGUAGCUGAAAGUAUUGAUGUUUCAUGUAGUCAGUGCCUGACGCCUUUCAGUCCCUGGUUUGCUGUGUGUUGGCAAAGAGGCAUUUUCAUCUUGACCAAAAUUGAGGAAAAAGGAAUGAACACCGUUUUGUUCUGGUGCCCAACAUAGCCACAUUUGUGUUCUUGUCAAGCAGAUUAGAUUGGCAGAGCAAGGACCCAAGUUGUGGUCAUUGUGUCUUCAGCUGCCCAGCUUGGAGGAAAACUGGUUAGUAUGGGGUAUAUUUGUGUGCGGUUGUAAAUGCCGUCUUAGUUACUGGUCUUGUUUCUGCAGUCUAACCCUGGGUGGUCCAACUCUAGCUUAGUUGGAUCUCCUUGCUUAAAAUGCUAAGAUUUUUAUGAGUUGAACUUCUGCAUGUUUCCUUAAUUCCAAUAUGCCACUCCAGGCCAUGUAGGGGGAGGAAGCCAAAGCGUCGAGGUGUUCUGAGAUCCUAAAUUAACAUGAUCCUGGUAGACUAAGUAAUGAUGCUAAAACAUCAGGGUACAUGUCUCCAGCCUUGCUCUGAAGAAAGGCUAGCAGCCAAUCUCGUAAUAGUUUUAUUAGAAGCUUAUUAAUGAUAUUCCAGCACAAAAUUUUGAUCUAGAAGAUCAGAUGAUUUUCUGGUCUGAAAUUUCAGCCUAAUUUCGGUGAUGACUGAACGUUAAUCUCUCGUUCUAAUAUGUAUGCAGGAAUAG